AUGGAGACGACGCUGGCUAGCCCGAGAGCGGUGGCUCGCAAUCCCAUCCCGGCACCGACGGUGACAGUGCGAUCUGAGUUCCCAACCAUCAAUAGAUCACGGCAGCAACAGACCCUCACAUGCCUGAUCACAAUCGAGGUUCCCGACAGCAAGUGGAGACCUGACCCGGAGGAUCUCCAGGUUGCACCACCGAUGCCUCAACAAAAAUUCGAGGAAGCAUUUGCUCGGCCGCCCUCGCCGGCUCGCAGCGCUCCACGCUUCUACCCUUACGAGUCUCCUGAAGUGCUUGAUGAUAUGACCGAAAACCUCCGAAGUCGUGUGGAUAACUGGCACGGCCUCGAUUUCAGCAGGUUCGGCAAGCUGCGAUUGUACGGCACUCUGCGUGUCGGAAAAGACAAAGUUUCCUGGCAGGAACUUGAAUGCUUCCUUUUCGCCGAGAUGCUCAUUUGUGUGAAGGAGAAGAAGAACCCCAAUCCUCCUCCUCAAUGGGAGGACGGCACGGGUCGUAAGACGACGAAGUGCACCCUGAAGGGAUCUAUCUUGAUCAAGAAGCACCUUAAUGAGGUCAUCGAGACAGGCAGCAUUGACGAGAACAUCCUCACUCUCAGUCUUUCUGUUCUUGAGCUACCACAGUUCCAUCUUCGUUUCGAGAACCGGAAUCAGCUGAAGUUGUGGCAACAAGCCCUGCUUGAUCUCAAUGCCGUCGAGUCGUCACCUGUACGCAGUCCUGAUUAUGAUCGGGGCGAGUUCUCAGAAACUGACGAGGAGGACUGGCAGCGGGGCGUUCGCCCACAGCGUGUGUCGUCACAGGCAUCCUCUUGGGGUGGACCAAAGUCCGUUACAACAGCCCCGACAGAGUACACUGCCUUUGCCAAGAGCCCCAUGCUUCAGUCGGUACAUGUCCCUAUUGAUGUGGUGGUCGUUGUGCCCAUCUCCUCGUCCAUGCAAGGCGUCAAGAUCAACCUGGUCCGCGAUGCUCUUCGAUUCAUGGUCCACACUCUGGGCGAGCGUGAUCGAAUGGGUCUGGUCACAUUCGGCUCAGGUGGUGGUGGCGUGCCCAUCGUUGGCAUGACUACCAAGGCGUGGCCCGGCUGGAGCAACGUUCUCUCUUCGAUCAAGCCGGUCGGUCAGAAGAGCCAUCGCGCCGACGUUGUCGAAGGAGCGAACGUGGCGAUGGACCUCCUGAUGCAGCGCAAGUACAACAACCCGAUCGCGACGAUUAUGCUUAUUAGUGAUGCGUCUACAUCGGAUGCGGACAGUGUUGACUUCGUUGUGUCGCGAGCAGAGGCUGCCAAGAUCACGAUCCAUUCAUUUGGUUUGGGUAUGACCCAUAAACCUGAUACUAUGAUCGAGCUGUCCUCGCGGACGAAGGCCUCGUAUACCUACGUCAAGGACUGGAUGAUGCUGCGCGAGUGCCUGGCAGGCUGCUUAGGUGGCAUGCAAACGUUGUCACAUCAGAAUGUGAAGCUGAAGCUCAAGCUUCCCGAGGGUUCACCUGCGAAAUUCCACAAGAUUAGCGGUGCCCUGCAGAUCACUAAGCGUGCGACAGGUCGUGAUGCCGAGGCAGCUUUGGGCGAUCUAAGAUUUGGAGACAAGAGAGAUAUCUUAGUCCAGCUCGUCAUCAUGCCAGAUAAUUCCUCCCAAGAGCAGUUACCUCAAGAUCCAUGGGAGACGAUCGUAUCGGGUCUUGAGGCUCUAGGUGGUCCCAUGGACCAAGAGGACCAGAGAGCUGUCUCUGUGGAGGAAGUCCCGCUAAUCCAAGCUGAUUUAAGCUGGGGCGAUAUCCUCCGGGAUGGCACAGCUGUGCACCUGCCACGACCAUCACUGCUGGCGAUCACCAUGCUUCCAGCGACACAGAAGCAGACAAAGUCGUGGGGCAACUCUCCACCCAUCCCGCCUCAUCCGAGCAUUGUCCAACGACGGAUGGAGCUCCUUACGUCAGACAUGCUCACAAGAGCGCUCACACUUGUCAGCAGGGGACAGCAUGAUCGGGCGCAUACUCUGCUCAACGAAACGCGGUCAAUACUCAAGGGCCUUGGCAAGGGGGGCCUUCCUCCAGUUCCACCUAUGCCGUCAAGCAAGUCAAACCCCUCAACACCACAUCCUGGGAACGAAGCUUCUCCCACUGCUCUGGGAACCCCAGACAGGAAGCACUCGCCUUCUCCUACAACCUCAGCAACUUCCUCAACACUCAACGGUUUCCCUCCCCAGAGCCUCCCACGCAGCCGCUCCAAUGAUGGAUUCGGCCUGGGCGGCAUGGGCACUGCUGCUGGUAUCGACGGUAACACCGUCGCUGCUCUGGAUGCCGAGCUCGAGUCCAGCCUAGAGUGGAUAAAUCACCCAGCUGUCUUCGGCCGUGAUAGCCGGAAGGCGGUGCUGCAGGCCAUCGGCGUCAUCAGCUCGCAGAGGGCGUUCACGUUCCGAACGCCGAUCGAGGGCUUGUGGGCUGGUCGUGUCAGUGGUGUAAGGAAGUUGACUGAGAAGAGUCGCGAGUGGCGCGACGAAGGGGGCGGUGAGGGCGGCAUCAUGGAAGAGGCCUGA